AUGGCUACCAACGGAACGGGUGCUGUAUUCUUCUUAGGCACAAGAGCUCAUUACCAGGUUCUAGAACAGCCUAGUAAUUACGAUGCGGAGAAUGGGAACACAUCUACGGAGACGAUAUACCAGAAUAGGUCGGUCGAGGAACUGUGGCCGGCGAGGUCAAAGGACGUGCAGUACGACGGGAACUACAACCAGGAAAAGGUCAACUGGUACACCGAGGACGGCGGGGUCAAAGUCGAAGUGAGAAGUGAUAGUUGUAUUAAGAGGCGUAUAAAGGGAAGAUCUACGGAAGCUUUAUUGUCUGAUGACGUCACACCUGCAGCCGCUGCACUCAAUGACGUAGAAGAUAAGACUGAAUUAAAAUCUAAAUCUCGUCGUGUGUCCGUGCUGUCCUACCUCGCGUCCCUCGCGCGGAGGAAGAGACCCACGGAACAGCAGUACCUACAGCACAUGGAGAGUGUACUCAACACCUGCACAUACAGGGAGUCGUGCAGGUGUCUGGACUGCCAGGUUGUACAAUGA